AAAGGUAGCCGUGUCGUUUCACCAUUCCAAUUUGGUUCGUAAGCUCGUAAAGGAGACACGAGACGCGUAAGUAAACAGCGAGGACGGUCCCAUUAGGGACGGAAUAUCUGUGAAGGAAGAAACGAGGAGAAAAAGAAUCCACGAUCCAAAUUGCUCCGAGUCCAAAACGCUCGAGCAAAAAUUACCUUCUCGUCUCCGUCGACGGUAUCUCUUCAUCGUUCAUCCAAAGGAGCGGCACGAUGACGGACAGUCAGUAUUCCAAUUAUCAACAGCAAGGAUAUAAUCAAUACAGCCAGCCACCUCCUGCAACUGGUCAGGAUACAUCGUAUCCACCACCUUCGACUGGCGGGAGUAGCUACAAUCAAUACAGUCAACCACCUCCGAAUUCUGGUAGCAACUAUAGCAAUUACAACAGCUACAGUUCCAACAGUGGUCAAGACUAUCAGUCGCAACCUCAAGGUAGCUACAGCAGUCAAAACAGCUACAGUGGAGGUGGCAGUGGAGACAGCAGUAAUAAUUAUGGUAGCAGCUACAGCGGCGGUGGAGGAUAUAAUCGCAAUUCUAGUUCUUACAGCGGAGGCGGAGGUGGCGGUGGAGGCGGUAGAUACAGCGAUCGUGGCGGUUAUGGAGAUCGCUCCGGCGGUGGUUACAACAGUGGCGGUGGCCGUGGUGGUUAUAACAAAGGGGGCUACGGUGAUCGUAACAGCGGUGGCGGCGACGGAAUGGUUACACAAGAGGAUACUAUUUUUGUAUCCGGUAUGGAUCCAUCGAUCUCCGAAGAAGAGAUUUGUCAACAUUUUGGAGCGAUUGGCAUUAUUAAACAUGACAAACGCACAGGCAAGCCAAAAGUUUGGAUGUACAAAGACAAGAACACAGGAAAGUCGAAGGGCGAGGCGACGGUUACGUAUGACGAUCAAAACGCCGCGCGCUCAGCCAUUAGCUGGUUUGAUGGCAAGGACUUCAAGGGCAGUACAAUAAAGGUGCAAAUGGCCCAGCACAAAAGCAAUUGGCAAGGUAACCGCAUGGGCGGUGGUCGUGGUGGUGGUGGUGGUGGCGGCCGAGGUCGAGGUGGUGGUUUUGGCAGCCGUGGCGGAGGCGGCGAUCGCGAUGAUCAUCAUCGCGGAGGCGGUGGCGAUGAUCGUCGUGAUGGUGGCGGCCGUGGAGGCGACUGGAGGUGUCCUAAUCCCGACUGCGGCAACACAAAUUUCGCGUGGCGGGAUCAGUGUAAUCUCUGCAAGAGCGCGAAACCGGAAGGCCUCGGCGGUUACAGUGGCGGUGGUGGCGGUGGCGGCAGAGGAGGUGGUGGCCGAGGUGGCGACCGCGGAAGCAGAGGGGGUUUCAGGAACGAUCGAGGUGGACGUGGAGGUGACCGAGGUGGCAGAGGCGGUGGCGGUUUCCGUGGUGGAGACCGGGGCGGCCGUGGUGGACGAGGCGGUCCCAUGAGGGGUGGCAGCGGUCGAGGUGACAGAGACAGGGAUCGCCAGCGACCAUACUAAUGUAAUCUUCUUGAGAAAUAUUGACGAUUAAUCCACCAUUACUAUAAUAAACUUGUACACA